AUGGCUUUCUGGAAUUUUACACAACAUUCAUUUCGAUAUUUUUUGAAUCACUUUCUUGGGCCAUUUCUUGCUCGUCCGCUGGAAUCUAGCCAACUUCAACUACUUGGCGACAAGAUUGUUUGUACAGAUGUAUACCUAAACAUUGAGAAACUUAAUGUCACAUUAGCAGAGCAGAAUAUCCCACUGACCUUAUGUGUUGCCUAUGUUGGUCAAAUUUCCAUUCAACUCCAGGGGAAGUUUGAAUUUGUUGAUUUGGAACUAGUUGUCCAAACGACGCCACACAAUUUCUCUCGCCACAGUGACGGAAUGGGUGAUUCUCUGCUCUCAAGCGUCACUGCCUUGGCUUUUGCAGCAGCAUCUGUUGCUGACGAUGGAAGGACAGUUGAACCUCCAGCUGCCGAAUCGCAAUACGUGGAGAAAAUUGUUGAAAAAGUUGACUUAUUUGUUCGGAACUUUGGUAAACCUGAAUCUGUGGCCUCAUCUCUCGUGGACGAUGUUGUAAUUGAUCGAGCGGCUCGUCUGAUCGAUAUUCUUUUUCUGGGGGCAACGGUGACGUUCCGUGACCUUCGCCUUCGUCUCCAAUGUCCACUCACUCUCAACGGAGCUCACAGAGCCUGUGAUCUUCGGUUACAAUUUCCGAUUCUCGAAAUUAACAAUGCUGAAGGCACAGUUAUUGAAAGCAUGCAAUCUACUACCACAACAGUAACCUUGCCACAUCAUGGAUACGACAGGGAGCGUCCCAAGAAGUUACCAAAGGCAACAACGACAGCAGCUGCUGAACACGCAGAAACUAGAGGAAACCUCUGGUCGUGGUUCUGGUCUAAAACGUGGAUUUUUGGGCUGAAUCCCAUGUCUUCUCAACCACUGGCUAACAGAGGCGCCGAAGGGAGCACCGGAUCGCCUCCCGUUGCUCGGAAAUUGUUUCAUUUUGAAGGAGUUACACUUCACUGGGAUCUUUGGGACACCAAUAGUGGCCAAAAUUUUGCUUUUUCAUCGUUUUCUACGAAAUCCACCUCUGUCUCUCCCUCUCAGUCCAACUCUAUUCAAGACAAUAUUAGCUUAAAGGAUGCGUUUUUCUCUGGUCCCGAACCCGAAUCCAUGGUAGCCUCGGCAUGUCUUCUCAGUCUUCCAGGCCCUGAUAACUACCUCACCAUUCACGUACUCCAGGAUUCUACUAUCCUGUCGAGGAUAAUCUCUCGACCAUCUCAAAUCUCCCGUCCAACACUGGUCGAUCUCAAUGUCGACCUGGGUCCCCUUGUCGCUUGUCUGUGCCCCAGCCAGAUAUUUUGGCUUGGUGCUAUGGUAACACAGCUUACAGAACUCUUUGAAGCCUACAAUACUGUGCAGGAGGCUAGGAAGCAAGUUGAAGAGGACUAUGGUCUCAAUAACUUGGGUAACGGUGAUCCAAAAACAGGUUCUUUUAUUGACCUAGACAUCUCCUCAGACGACGCGAGUGUAACAUCUCAGUCGGUCGAUGGCAUUAUGUUUCGAUCAUGCCUGGGAGCUAACAAUUUCCCCUUACCCGACGGAGGUAACGAUGAAGCUCCCUUCUCCACCGAUUCACUACCCUUAUCUAUCUGUGCUCGAUGCCGCCUCUUCACAUUGACGCUCUUCUACACUGACGAAGCAGCUUCAUUUUCUCAUUCCUUCGCACCUCGUAGCAUCAGCGUUGAUAGUAGUGGUCCUGAAGAAAGCUUUUACGAAGCUUUUAGCAGUCCUUUAGAUCCUGAACCAGCUCAAGGGGCAUUGAGGAUCCAGAAUGACUUCUUUACCGCUGUAGCUGGGGGUGACAGAAGCGUUUGCGAUGCUCUUAAUGGCAAACACUCGGCCCCGAUCGCGGAUUGGCUGGAACAUGUGAAUUCGAAGUUGGCACAUUCGAUCCAGGGUAGAAAUCAUUUACGCCUCUCUAUGGGACACUGUGAGUUGGAAAUAAACCCUGAACUCAACCAAAGGAUAAAAAAAGAUAAAGACACAGAAAGUGCGAAAAUUUUCCCAUCUCAAGGAUCGCUAAUAGGUCAAGUAGAGGGUCUCCUUCUCAGUGAAUGCCUUUUCUCCCAAGACGAAUUAACUUCUUCACUGCAGAUUGUUAACGGUUUCCCUCAUUUAAGUGUCACCGUCUCUGAGUUUGUUGAGAGGUUUAAAAUCGGUCCUGCUUGCAUGAAGGAUGCACAACACUACGACAAAUGGGAAAAGAGCCACGGAAAAUGA